UUCCCUAUUUAUUAUUAUUUAUUAUAUAUACUCUUUGGUUGCAGUUAUUGUAAUUUGUAACUUACACGGCCACGCACAGAGUACCAUAAAUUAUAACACGUCACCUGAAAUUUCAAAAUAAGAUCAUUAUUAUUUUUAUUUACCAUGCUCACGCUAUUUAUAAAUUUUUUUGAAGCAAAGAAAGAAUUACUUGUAUGUUUUACAUUAUCGCUGCUUUAUGUUACCUAUUAUCUCGUGGAAGUCGUCAAGAAACCAUUGUUAGUUUGUGCAAAAGGUGAAUUCCGACUAUUGUUAGAAGAUAAAGUACCUAUAUUGAGUGAGUCCUAUUGGCCUACCCCCUGGUGCUUCGAGUCCAGAUUACAUACAGUGGUUGCUUCAGUGCUGCGUUCACAAUUGUUACCAGUAGUAGAGUAUGAAAGGCAGGUGCUGCGGCUGUCGGACGGCGGGCAGGUGGCGCUGGACUGGGCGGUGGAGGCAGGCGGUGCGGGGGUCGAGGGGCGCGGCCGGCCCGUGCUGCUCGUGGUGCCGGGGCUGACGGGCGACUCGCAGGCGGACUACGUGCGCUGCCUGGUGGCGGCCGCGCGGGCCAUCGGCGCGCGGGCCGUGGUCUUCAACAACCGCGGCAUCGGCGGCUUGCCUCUCACGACGCCGCGGCUGUACAGCGCCGUGAGCCACGAGGACGUGGCGGAGGCGGUGGCGGCGGCGGGCGCGCGCGGCGGGCCCGUGCUGCUGGCGGGCGUGUCGCUGGGCGGCCUGCAGGUGGCGCGGCUGCUGGCCGAGCGCGGCGCGGCGGCCGGCGUGCGCGGCGCGCUGGCCGUGUCGCCGCCGCUGGACGUGGAGCGCGGCGCGGCGUGCAUCGCGCGCGCGGCCAACGCGCCGCUGUCGUGGCUGAUGGCGCGGCGCCUGCGGGCCGUGGCCGCGCGGCUGCCCGCGCCGCCCGCCGCUGCCGCGCGCUGCCGCUCCGUGCGCGCCUUCGACGACGCCUUCACCGCGCCGCACUUCGGCUUCGCGUCCGCCGACCACUACUACCGCGCCGCCUCGCUGCGGGACCGCCUGGCGGCCGUGCGCGUGCCGCUGCUGUGCCUGUGCGCCGCCGACGACCCGUUCCAGCCGCUGGCGGCGCUGCCGCUGGCGCAGGCGGCGAGCAGCGCGCGCGUGGCGCUGGCGGUGGCGGCGCGCGGCGGCCACAUCGGGUUCCUGGAGGGCUGGUGGCCGCGCCGCGACCCGGCCGCGCAGUACAUCGCCCGCCUGGCCGCGCAGUACUUCUCCGCGCUGCUGGCCGAGCCCUCGCCGCUCGAACCCGUCGACCGCUAGCGCGGCCGGUGCUCGACCGCCCUCCGACUCCGAUCCGAGUGCCUUAUUUAAUACUGAGUAUCCGGCCGAUCCGACCGAUAUAAUCGUAAAGGUUGUGAUGUAUCGGUCGUUUAAAUAAAAUAUUUUUUAAAGUAACAAAACGCAUAUAUGUAGUUGUAACUGAAUUUUUCAAUAGAGACCACAGUCCCUCCGGAAACGUGAUCCUUUCCGGAGGGACUGUGGUUAAUAAAUAAUAAUAAAAAAAAAAAUAUUUUUACGCUAAAACCGAUGUUCAAAAUAUAGCAACAUUGAAUCGCGUUUAAAUAAUUUAAAAAGUAUUUUAUUUAAAUUAACAUGUAGCACGCUUUAAUCAUCAAAAUACUUCGUAUCCCCGUUCGGUCCGACCUUCCUCGGUAAUUAGUGCGGGGUUACUGAGCCGACAAUCAAAGACAUUUAAAGAGAUAGACCGACAACAGCUCGGCCUCUGAACCUUCAGCGGCCAAGUGUUCUUAUGAUGUGUUCUAAUAAAAUGAACUACAAACAGAACGUGCAGCGAGAGACGAGAAGCGACAAAAAUGGCGAAUUGUUCCGUUUUGUCGUGUAACAAUGUAACAGUAAGUAGUUAACCCUUCGUGCUCCGGGCGCUCUAAACGCUGAAUAUCCCUUGAAUACCGAAUGAUAUUGGCGGGCGAAUUAUUGCGUGCAAAAGUGUAUCUAUGCGUAUUAUUUUACGUGUAGCCAAAGAAUACUUACAUUUAGGAUGAUUUCAAUGAAUUUAUUUGAAAGCUAUUGAAACGAUCUAUUAAUAAGUUUAAUUUUUAUGCAUAGAUGUUUAGUAUUUAGACUUUAUAUUUAUAUACUGAACGAUAGAAAUUUAAAGUAGUUCCUAUUAAAUAAUAGAUAUUUUAUAAAAACAAAUACCAUAACAUAACCAAGUAGGAAAUUCACGACAUAAAUCCGAUGAUUUUUAAUUUAUUUAUUUAUUCAAAGUCAAAAAAAUCUUUAUUCACUGUAAAACUUUAUAAGUUAUUUAGUGCAAGUCAGGAUGAAGUACAAAAGUUACAAUAGCAUUCAAAUGAGUAUAACAAUAUUCAUUAACAAAAUUUAGAACAUUAAUUCCAAGUUAAAGAUACUUGGAAUUCAUUCAAAAAAUCUUUCACAUUAUAAUAGGCCAUCACUAUUCUUUUUACAUUGGCUAAUAUUUUUAUGAGCGUAUAGGAGGUUCUCGUAUAUGUACUGGCAGUGUACUGUCAUAAUAUUUAUUUCACUAAACUUUUCUCUCAGUGAAUCCCUUGAACGCAUUUUAUAGACUGCUCGAAUUGCUAUUUUCUGCAGCACAAAUAUGUUGUCAAUAUCUGCAGCCGUACCCCACAAUUUAAUUCCUUAAGACAUGACACUAUGAAAGUAGCUGAAAUAUACUGCCUAAUUUUUUUUAUCGCAAAUACUGCAGAGCUAAGUCGAUUACAUAAGUUUUUUAUAUGAGCACCCCAUUGUAGCUUAAAGUCUAAUGUAAUGCCUAGGAAUGUUGUCGUUUCUACUACAUCAAGUUUGUCAUUAUUAAUUUUUAUAGGAUUUUGGUUGGUGCUUUAUAUUUGGAAGUGUAAACCUUACACAUUUUGUUUUCGUUUCGUUUAAAAGUAAGUUAUUAACAUUAAACCAAUUGACUACUUCAGCAAUGUCGUCGUCAACCUGACAGAAUUUUUUUGGCUGGCCUUUUAUUUUAAAUAACAAAGAUGUAUCGUCAGCAAACAUAUUAAACAAUAGAUAUGGUAAAUCAUUGACGUAAACCAGGAACAAAAAAGGACCCAAGAUUGAGCCCUGCGGUACACCCAUUGAUAUGAUAGAGCCAGUUGAUUUUUUUCGAUAAACGUCUACUCUUUGAAUCCUAUUACACGGGUACGAUUUUAUUAAAUCUAGAGAAACAUCUCUAACCCAUAGUGGUGAAGAAUAGAAGUUUAAGUAAGGUUUCAUGAUGGACGCAGUCGAAUGCCUUGGAUAAAUUACAAAACUCCUAACGCAUCACAUGAAUUCUCCCAAGCAUCCAAAAUAUUAGAUAAUCUAUGUCUUCUGUUCAAAAUACUUCUUUCGAAAUGGCAAUGCAAUCAGCUUCUCAGUAAUAAUAUUGAAAACUACUUGCGCCGACAGAAACCCUUGGCCUUGUUCUUCCUUCCAGUGCGUGAUCGCGUGUGUUCGAUAUAAAAUGUAACUAUACUAUAUUGGGACUUAAUAAAUGAUACAUAUUGUCCUAUAAUUUUUCAAGUAAAUACACAUAUUUUAACAUAUUCCAAACUAAAUAAACGAUAAAAACAGAAAAAUUAAGCGACACUUCAAAGUCUUUAUUCGAUUUGAAUGGACCCUUUUUCAAGUCUAAUUAUUAUCAACAAACACUAUAUAUCAUCUAUUAUAAUUAUAGAAUAUGUUUCAUGUUCUAAAAUUGUGUUAUAACUAUAGAAAUUAGUUCGAAUCUGUCUGUUCAAUGCUAUACCUACAUUAUACGCCUUCAUUCUAUUAUUUAUUUAUUUAUUCAAGGUCCACCAACACAGAAUACACAAGACAAUUCAUAAGAUUGUAACAUAAACUUCAAAAAUCGUGUUCCUGCAAUUACAGGUGAACACAUCAUGCACAUAAACAUACAAUUUAGUUGUUAAUUAUAUAAAAGUAAAUUGAAGUCCUAUAACACUAACAUGUUAAAACAAUAUAAAAAGAUAAAUUAAUUCCACAAAUCAUUACAAGCUACAAUACAGUCACUUCAAUAUAAUCACUAAAAUACAAUAUAGGUACAAUAUAUUUUGUCAAAGCGUUUUUAUUAUAAAUUAGGUCAUUACAUUUCUCUAAUCAGAGUGUCAGGUUUCUCUUAAAUUGUGCUACUGUAUCUCCAAAAACAACUAUAGAUCGCUUGUUUGAAAUUUUAGUGUUGUAUUGACGCAACAGCCUAUUCAGUGGGGAGUUAAAUCCGAGAUUAGAGUUUGCUCGAUCAGGUAUAAACGGUUUACAUUUUGCCAGUUGAGGUGCUCUAGUUGGCAUGUGAAUAUUUAUCUUGGUCAAUAGCUGCCAAUAAUAAGUUCAAAGGGAGAUAGCUUUUUCAAUAACAAAAUAAGACCAGAUAUCGUGUGGUAACGUCAUUAAGACAACCGACUGAACGGCAUUUUGUGCGUGUUAAUUACGGUACGCAAAGAAUUAAACCAAAGAUCAUUGUAACAUUACAUAUCACCGAUGAGUACAAUUGACUUAGUAUUUAGACGUAUGUUAUUGUGUAUAAUGCUACCAAAUCACGAGAGUUACUGCUUCUACAAUACAUAGGUACUUACUUAUCGUUUAGUAAUUCUAAUUUAUGCUCCAUUACGUUCAGUGCAGAAGGUUUUGACAAACGCUUCCUAGUUUUAAAUUAUUCUUUGUAAUAAUUACGACGUAUAUGAAAUACUCUUCGUUGGCUUGUUGUGGUCUCUAUAUCUUCUAGAUUUUCAAUGUGUGUUUUGGAUAUAUUUUGAUACAGUUAUGAAUUAGUACAUUGAAACUUCAUAGAAUAUAUUUACUUGGUUUAUUUAUUAGCAAAACAUCUAAUUACGUAAUGCUGCAACUGUUGUAGUCACAGUAUAUGUCAAAAUAAGAAUUAACGGACGGUUACACGAUGCUCUUGACCUCAGUUAAAAUGAUCGGUUGUUUAAGGGCUGUCAGCACUGGUUUACGUGUGCUGAACAUGAUUUAACCAGUUGUCUAAAUGAUAAAUAGUUGUUUUAAAGGUUGGUGCACUGCGCCCUUAAUCGUAUAACAUACAACGCAGCGACACUCCGCUUUUGGUGGGAAGCGAUGUUAUUGGUUAGUUUUGAUCGCGUCAUGGACGCCACGCCCAUAUACCCCGCAAAAUUGGUUGACGCGGAUUUCAUAAUAACAGUUUGUAUUGUCGGUCUAAUAAUUAAUCCCUUUAAAUGUCUUUAUCGGCAUUUUACUCUUUUUUUUUAAAUUGAUGCUGACUCGGCGUUGGUAAUUUUUUAAUCCCCGAUUUUGGGGUACUAUGAACAGUAUUAGGAGAAAUUAUUAUAAAUAAGUUUUCAUUGUUACAAAAUCGAUCGAAAUAUCUAUUUAUCCAAUUGACUCGGCAGCUGCUUAGCGGUUCAUACACGUGACCGCCCGCGCCGCUGUGUUCCAUACAUUACUCAGCUCUUUGAAUCUAUAUGUAUAAUGUAUCUUUGCCUUCAAUGAUGUAUAAGUGAUUAAAACAGGGUAAAGACGGAAUGUCAAUCCAGGUUGUUAAAAUAUUAUAUUAUUAUUAUUCCUUUUUGGAAUAUGAGAUGGAAACGUAAUAAUUUAUCUUGUUUAUUAGGUAUAUUAUUAUUAAGAUAACAUAAACUGUUUUUGCCUAUAAUGAAGUAUAUUCAGCUAUUACGUUAUUAAGUUCAGUUGUUACUGUCAGUUAUUGUGUCUAUUCUAAGGCUGGAUUGCAUCAUAUUAGUUGUAAUAGUUAAUGUUUAAGUCAAAAUUAACGUUAACGUUAACUUUAACAUAAACUGCUGAAUGUUUUGCACCAUCGUAUUCAUUGGCAUAGCUGUUAAAGUUAAGAUGUGAAAUAUCAAGUCAAUAUCGAAUAUUUAUUUGAAACAUUUGACAUAUCGCUAUUUAACAUUAGCAAAAGCUUUAAUCGGAGAUUGGACGGUUACGGUUAACAGUUAAAGUUAUGACGUCAUCUAAAGAUUGUCAAAUGGUACAACAUAUUUUUUGCUUAACCGGUACUUUAACAUGUUUGCUUAUUGCUAAAGUUAGUUGGUGCAACCCAGCCUAAAAAAGUUUCUGUUAUCUGUUCGUGAACUUAAAAUAUUAUAUUGUAAGCAGAACAUAUUGUUGUAUUAUAUCUACACAUCAUAUUUUAUUGUGUCCAAGCUUGAUGAUGUUUUAUAUACUUAGUUUUAAUGUUAGAAUUGCGUCCAAAGAGAUAAUAAGCAAAAUAUAUCAAUCUGUGAUAAGAGGGCGGCCGCGUAUACGCACAUAUCUUUAUAUUGUUGCUCUGAUAAAUAAAAUAUUGAAUUGAAACAAA